AUGACGUACCAACUGAUUUGCACUCUAAUCUCCGUCCUCCUCAACUCGAUUCUCAUCCACCUGAUCUGGUCGAAAUCGCCAGCGCAAACCGGCAACUAUCGUUACCUGAUGGUCUUCACCGCGUGCUUUGAAAUCUUCUGGGGCGCGUUCGAUCUGCCCGCAGCUAUUGUACAUUUUCAAAGCGUGUGAAAUUCGUCACCGUUAGUCCUCACAGAUUGCUCAUUCGGUGCGUUGUGCCUUCAUUGUUUUCCGCAUCGACUACAUGGAUUCGUGGUUCUCACCGGCCUUCUCCUCGUUCAUGAUUCUCGUGUAUACGGCGAUCUUCGGCGCUUCUAUGGCCAUCUUUGCCGCUCAUUUUCUCUAUCGAUACGGAUCGAUUGAUUGGUUGGUUUGAGGAAUAGGGUUACUGUUGUAGACGAUAACGAGAUUUUUCAGCUCAUUCGGUAAACGUUUCGUGUACGGCGCCAAGUUCUGGCUGCUCUUCGUGAUCCCGCUCGUCUACAGUCUCUGGUGGGGAUCCGUCGUGCGCCUUUGGUUCUGGAAGAACCCGGACAUGGACGAGUAUACGAAGUGAGUGUCAAAAUGGCUCGACGCACCAUAUCUAAACAUUUUUUCAGGGAUCUAAUAAUGGAAAAAGUGGGUUUGGAGAUGCGGAACAUCAGCUAUAUCGGCGCAAAAUUCUACGAUACUCUUGCGGAUGGAACUCAACAUUUGAACCGGGACGCGUGGCUCGGAGUCGUUCAGAUGUUGUUCAUGGUGGUGAGAACCGAGACAACUAGAAAAGUGACGUUAUAGAAAGACACCCAGUACCGUUUAUUAUUAUUAUGAACUUAUAUUAAAGUACAUAUUCAUAGUACACGGUCUCCAGAGCUGACAAUAUGGGCGUGGCCUCGGCGGCCAAAUGGCGUUUUCAUGAAUUGAGCAGGUUUUCUUUGAUUUUUGUGGUCAACGGCGAUGAAAAAUGAUUGUUCGACAUGAAAACACACUAAUUCACAGAAUUAAUGACGUUUUGGCGCAUUUUUCGCGGACUUUGCUUUUUCGCCUUCGCCGCCGAUCGCCGCCUAAAAACCGCACUUCUCAUUUUGCGCUUUCUUGACCGUUUUCAGACAGAAUUGGUUUUGAGAAUGAUAAAUCACGUAAAUACAAGCAUUCUAAGCGCUCGAACCGCGUAAAUUACCGAAAAGCAACUGAAAUUUACGCAGUUUUAGCCAAAAACCGUCAAACGGAUAAAUGUGAUUUGCGACUUGACCAAAUUUAACGCUAUUGCGCUUAAAAAAUUCGUAAUGGCCUAUACAAUCGGUCUAUCGAGAGACAAAUCAGAAAUUAUCGGUUUUUCGUGGCUAAUCUGGCAAAAAACACAAAUUUUGCAGUUAAAAUUUAAAUUUCGCGCCAAUGUAUCGCUCUAUUGGGCGGGGCGCACUUGCGCCCAUUGCCAGCCCGUGCAGUAGUUUUCAUUGAAAAAAUAAUGAUCGAAUUACCAUAAGCUUUGCAGAUCUCCUCAAUGUCAUGCGUGUUCGGCUUCGGGACCAUGUGCUACAUACGUCUAUCGGACCAACUCUCGAUCGUCUCGGCAGCCGCCAACAAUCUCCAAAAACAGUUAUUCUACGCGCUGGUGCUCCAGACGGCGAUCCCUCUGGUGCUGAUGCACAUCCCGAUCACCGUCUACUUUCUCUGUCCGAUGCUCGACUUGGACUUUGACUUUGCCAGCGAAUUCGUCGCCUCCACGAUCACUCUUUAUCCGGCCGUCGACCCGCUUCCCAACUUUUUCAUUAUCAAAAGUUAUCGCGACUCGUUGAUUGGUAGGUGAGUUCUGGAAAUUGAAAUAUUGUCGACCUCUUCAGAUAUCUUCCGAUCGUUCCGCGUUUGGCGUCCGAAAAUCUCGGCGAUAACCCCAUUGAGCUCUAGUGGAAUCGGCACCUCCGAAAACGGGGCGGCAAGGGCGGCAAUCGAUUACGGAGGCGAUCGGGUUCACGUCAUCUGA